CGCCACGCAACGCAUUGCGUCUCCUGACUCCAGCCAGGCAACCAGAAGCACAGCGGCCGCAGUGAGUACCACCAGCUUCUGUACACGUGUAAGCCUGUGGUGGGCUGAGCCUCCAAGCCACUGCAGACCAGCCCGGACCUAGGAGAUUCUAAUCAUGAUGUCACGGGACUGGUAGACAGGCGAAUGCGAAUGUUAUGCCCACCCUGGCAGCCAGUGUUGCCAGCUCUGUGAUGAUGAUUCCUGGCACUGUUGCCACGUGUCUGCUAGUGUGGUGGAUGUGCGUGUUCGCCACGCCUGACCUCUUCCUAGACACUGAGCAGUUGGUGCAAGCGGAUGGUUAUACCUCGCAGACACACCACGUAGUGACAGAAGAUGGCUACGAGCUGACACUACACCGCUUACUGCCCCACCAGGGCCAUAGGUCCCGUGCCCUGCCAGUACUGAUGCAGCAUGGCAUCUUCCACAGCUCGGCAGAUUUCGUGGUCCCUGGCCCAGGACAUGCACUUGGCUAUGCGCUGAGCGAUGCUGGCUACGACGUAUGGCUCGCCAACAGCCGUGGCAACUUCUACUCACGGCGCCACCUGAGCCUAGCCACGAACACGCCUCAAUACUGGAACUUCAGCUGGCACCAGAUGGGCCAGUACGACUUGCCAGCUGUAAUCGACUUCAUCCUCAACGAGACUCGCAGCGAAGCCCUGUUCUACGUGGGGCACUCCAUGGGGGCCGCCGUGUUCUUCGCGAUGCUGCACCUGCGACCGGAAUACAAUAGGAAGAUACGAGUGAUGUUUGGACUUGCGCCUGCUUCCUACAUGCACCACGGCAAGAGUCCCGUCACCAUUCCCAUCUUCAAAUCCAUGCACAUCAACAAGAUACUUCUGGACCGACUAGGAGUGGGGGAGAUCCUACCUAGGGACUCGCCGUGGCACCAGCUGGUCAGUUCAGCAUGUGGUCCGAACAGAGUGCUGAUGCAGCCAGUGUGCAUGCGUGUGCUAGGCCACAUCAGCGGCUACAACUUGGCCAACCUCAACAAGACGAGACUAGACAUCAACUUGAGCCAUUUCCCAGCUGGCAGCUCUCGCAAUACUGCUGCUCAUUUUGGACAAAACAUCAUUUCAGGAAAGUUCCUGCAGUUCGACUAUGGCAGGGAGGGCAACCUAGUCCAGUACGGGCAGGAAAAGCCUCUUCCCUACGACCUUGGCAAGGUCACUGCACCUGUGAGCCUCUACUGCGGCACGGGCGACUUGGUGAUCGACUGCCAGGAUGUAGAAAGGCUGUUCCAUGAACUGACACAGUGCAGAGACAAGAACCUGACACAUCUUCAGCGAUACUCUCAUCUGGAUUUCCUCUGGGGCAUUGAUGCAAUGCCACGCCUGUAUUCACCUAUCAUCCAUAUCAUGGACCAAUACAGCUGAACCAAUUAGUUGGCUUCUUUGUAGAGCUUCAGCCUGACACAGUGCAGAUACAAGAACCUGUCUUCAGCGUUACUUGACCUGGACUUCCUUGGAGUAUGGAUGCCAAGACUCAUCUGUAUGAAACUAUCAUCAUUACCAUGGACUAGUACAGAUGAACCACUCAGUCUGCUUCUCUGUUGCACUUUAGGCUGAUAUAGUGGCAGAAGAACCUGACUUGUAUUGAGCGAUACUUGACCUGGACUUCCUUAGAGCAUGGUUGCCAAGACUCGCUUGUAUGAACCUAUUAUCACUACCAGGGGCGCAACAACAGGGGGGGGGGGGCAAGGGUAUUUUGCCACCCUCUGAAACCAUGAAGUGGGGGCAAACGGGGGCAAAGAAAGUUCUGUGUAAUCAAUUUUUAGACAAUAAAACUGCUUAAAUAGCACUAUUUUCCACCUUGAAAUACAAAUUUUCCCGGGGGAGGACCCCCAGCCACCCCGCUUCAAUAGGGGGAUCGAUGUUUCUUUAUCAAAAGGUAUAUUGCCCCCCCCCCCUUGGAAAUUUAGUUGUUGCGCCCCUGAUCACUACCAUGGACUGUACAGAUGAACCACUCAGUUUGCUUCUUUGUUGUGGUUCAGGUUAAUAGAGUGCCCGAAGUACCUGCCACAUUAGGCAAUUUUCUCACUUGGAAUCUCUCAGAGACCUGUCUGUAUGAACCUAUGUUGGAAUUGACACUUUUUUUAAAUCAAUUUAAAUAUAUUGUGCAGUUUUUAUAGCUUUUUUUUUAAUUUAAAGAGCCUAAUGUUUUGUCAUGUCCACCAGUUUGGCCUCGGCUGGUAUGAUAGCACAAGCCCCAAGUGCGCCACCCCUCCUACACAAUCUAUGGGGAGGAAAGUUAGUUCGCCACCCGCCCCUAGAUGGCAGACAAAGGGGAAUGUAAAUUAAGGUAACUUUGUCUACCUGCCCAACCUAAUUCAGGACAAAGAUGUAAAUACCCAGUGUCGUAACAAGAGGCCUGUUAAUUAAACAAAUGAAUGUAAAUAGUAUUGUAAUUCGAAUAUGUAUGCACAGGAAGGGUACAGAUGUGCCCUCCCUGAUGAAUAUGUACAUCCAUUGUAUAUUUACUCUUGCUGAGCUAAGCCAGGCAGAAAGCUCUUCCUAGAAAUUCUGGGCAAAUAAAAUUGUCAGAAUA